AUGGUCUGCGCCGGUCCCGGAAGUGACAAGUGCGCCCCGCUGGGCGUCAUCGACCAAGAACCCGCGACGGCGAUCAAUGGAGAAGAUGGCGCCGGGGAGCACAACGGUUCGUGCAUUUGUCGCAAUUAUUUGUGGCACGAAUUUCGAAUUUUCCAUUAUUUCCCUUGGGAAAUACGAUUUUUAGCGGUUCUUUUGGGAGAAUCCCGGGAAACUUGUCCGGUUUCUGGCCUAAAGUUCCGUACCAAUGAAAGGAAACAAGCUCCGACCCCCUUUUCCCUACCGAAUUUGCCGAUUCGGCUGGAAAUGCGAUUUUCGUGAUAAUUUCGCUGAUUUCCGACAAAACAACUUGAAUUCGAGCGCCAGGCAUCAUUUUUGACAAAAAACUCGUGUCUGUUAGCCAAAUCUGAAGGCCUGGGAGAGCUUGGCGGUUACAAUUGACAACAUGAGUUUCUGCAUCUUCAGAUUCACAUGAACAGGUAUUUUGCAGAACCGAAUUGCUCUGCGCCACCUCCAGAACGCGUGAAACUGUCGGAGCAGCAGAAAAUGGCGAUGAAAGUGGUAGAAGAGGCCACGUUUCAGCGACUUUUCAUCUACGUUAGUGAUGUGCCCAGUUUUCCUAAUAUUUGAACUUUUCAGGGCGGCCCGGGUACCGGCAAGACGUUUUUUCUGCAUAGAACACUGGAAUACUUGGCCGUGAAGAAGGAGCGCCGAGUGUUGUGUUUGUUCCGAACUCCGGCCGAAUACGAGGAGUUCGAAUGUCAACUCGAUGAAAAUUUGAGUCUGAGAAUUGGCGGAAACAUCCUUUUACACAAAGAUGUUGUCGAGAAACUAUUCAAAAAUGGCAAGAAGGUCGAUGGAAAAUGGAUUUUUACAGAUGUUUGUGACAUUGAUCUUCUUUCCUGUAAAUUCCGUUGAUUUUUCUCUGUAGGACGUAUUCGAACCGUUCGGAAUCAUGAUGAUCUGCGUCUGGGACAUGAUCACCCGCCAUUUUGUUCUCGACAAGCGAUUUAUGCCCCUUUUUGAUGUACUUAUAGCUGGUAUUCAUUUAAAAUGUUCGCAAAAACUUAUCAGUGUUUCUAGAAAACGUCGCCUCGUGGAGACUGCAUCGUCUGAAGUUGUUUAUGGAGAAACCGAUGAUCGUUUCGUUCAAACCGUCGGACGAGCGAAUGAGGGAGACACUGGAGUGCGUGAGUGGACUGGAUUUCAACGGCCCCCAGAAUCAGAUUACGAAUUUCGACGAUGCGCACACAUUUUUUGUGAGAAAAUUCACAAAGUUUUCAUCAACAAAAAACAACACAAUUUCAGGCGGACUUCAAGAUGAAACUUAUCGAAUUGGAGAAGAGCGAAAGUGUUAACAGACGGAAGAAUUAUGUAAAAAUGGCCGAAGAGUAUAGAAUUGCGCAUAAACUUACAAUGUCGCUGGUGACCUGGAGAGCCGACACUGAUCCUAUUUAUGUGAUCGCCGAUGAGCAGAGACAGGUACUCAAGUUUGAGCCCAAACUUUGCAGGCUUUGAAUUGAAGUACUUUAGGCCCGAGUUUUAGACCAAUCAUUCCAAGUCUAAAAAGUCUGCGAAGUUUUAAUCAAAUCGGAAAAUUGCACUUGUUCAAAGUUCAAAAGUUCAGACCUCAAAAAGGCCGUUCCAUUUUUCAGAUCGAACGAAUUCGUACUUGUAUGAAAGAGCGCACUGGUCUCCUUUCGAUCCCCUUCAGUUUACACCGCAUCGAUGCGCCCUUAUUCUUCCGAUCACUGCCCCCGAACACGUGUUACACUGUUUAUAUGUUGACAAAAGAAACGACUUAUCAUGAACGUUCGUUUUGUUCUCAUUUUUGUCCAUAAAAAUAGAUAAUUCAGGUGAUUUCGACCUGCUAACACGCGAAUCCGCUCAUUUCGUACUCGCUCGAGCUGAACUGACUUGGCCGGAGGACUAG